AUAACCGCCCAGCUACCUGUCAAGCGUUCACAGUCGGUAUCUGAAGUCGUGCAGGGUGUUACACGCUAGCUCCUAUAUCAUCGAACGGUGGUAUAGCUUUCAACCACAGAAAGUCGUACGCAUAGCCGCGUUACCGGAUUGAUAGACAACGAUGCUUUAUGCAAGGUUCGUGGCAUUUGCCCUGCUAUGGUGCAGUAUGAAAGCAGAGAUUACCCCAGUUGAGGUAUCCGUAGAAAAACUCGCCCAACUGGCAGAUGGAGUUGACAGCAUUGCCAAGAGAUCAGUGGGAGAAUACGAUGCAGAAAUCAAGCAGAUAAAUGCCUUCAAACGGAGUGUCAAUGAUAUGCUACAUGAUCAGCUUUCUCUGCACAAGAGGGCAAUCGGACACUUGGAGGAGGUCGACGAUGACGAUGAUAAAAAAAUUGGACAUAAAAUAGUUAAAAGAGAUGUUCCGUCGUCGAUGUACAGGGAUGUCAGUGGUUACCUGCAGCUACAAAACAUUGAGAUUAGUGAGACAAUGUCCGCCGCUGACAUAACGGAUAUUGAGCCGCUGAGUGGAGUGGACGUUGUUUCAUCCAACGGUGUAGUUGACGUGGGAGACUUCACUAUUCAUGGCUGCAUCUUGGACAAUCUAAGCAAGGUCCUGGUCGACGUUCACAACAAUGCUGAUGACAUCGAACCAUUUAACAUCUCAGGCCAAGUAUAUGUAGCUGUAGCUAAGAAUGAUGCCACGGGAUCACCGAUAUACACAUAUGUGGACAGCGAGUGGUCGGUAGUGCAGCGUCUUCGACAAGUCGAGACAUCACAGAUACAGUCAUUCAUGUUCCAAGACGUGCCACAUCUGGCUGUGGCGACAUAUGCUGCUGAAAUCAAUGGUGAUCUAGAGGUCGAAGCUUACAGCUUCAUAUACCGGUGGGAAGGUGUUGCAUUCAGCAGUGCCUAUAGGAUAAAGACCUCCGGUGCAAGAGACAUUGAACCUUUCACAAUCUAUGACAAGCAAUAUUUGGCUGUUGCAAAUCAUGUGGACGAUGGAGGAAACGUAGCUAUAGAGUCUGAGAUCUUCGUCUAUGAUCCACAUGAGCAGGAUUUCACCAGCUUUCAGAUGCUGCCGACUUACGCUGCCUCCGACAUUGAAUUCUUCCACAUUGAAAUAAAUGGGAAGAAGGAAUUCUUCCUGGCCGUUGCUAAUGAGAUGGAAAUCAUUAACGGAGUUGAAAGUCCGGCUACAUCAGUAGUUUACAAGUAUGUGGACUACAUGUUCAUUCCAUUCCAAGGCUUCAGUUUGACUAGGGCAGUGAAAGUUAAAGCUUUGCUAACUGACACUAACACUAUUCUUCUGGCUUUUGCGGACCGGAUCGAGGGCUUGAGACUGUACGAAUAUAAUGGAUGGAGAUUCACUCUGACCCCACAGCAGUCGGAGAUACCACCUACAAACACUGAGCUGGUUAACAUAGCCCCAAUCGCUGUGUUUGCUGAUCCUGCAGAAGUUUACAUGGCUGGUGUGUAUCGAGACACUACACACAGCGGCGGUCUGUCACACACCUUUAAAUUAAGCUUCAACAGGACCUCACCGAUCGAGGAUAUGUACGACACCUAUCAAACAAGAUGUGGUAAUCUACAGACAACGUGGGAUGCUAUCGACAUGGCUUACAAGGAUCUGGAGAGUGACCUCAAUACGACGAAUCUUGCACUGCUCACUGAUGAUCCAAUAGUUUUUACUGGUAGCCUUACAUUUCAAGGCGACGUAGUGAUCAACGAAGGUGGAAUAGUAAGUUCGCCAGUGAUAGAAUCUGAUGUACUGCAUUUCAACGAGGACGAAUUCGAUAGCUUCACUGGCAUAAUGGAUGACAUCAUUGCCGAGAACAGCAACUGUGAAGCAGUUGAUGCAGUCAAGAAUAGAAGUCUGAGAACUGAUUCGACCUCACAGAUUGUCGCUGGUACAGUACAGUUUCAAGCUGUUACCAUGAAUGCAGGAGUUUCUGUGCAAGGUGACAUUUAUGCCCCAGCCAUCAAUACUGAUGUUGACAUCGAGCGUCUUGGUGAAAUUGCUGUGUAUGCUACAGGAGUUGAACAGCAGGACUUCAACAUGGACAUGAACUUCAGCGAUAUCCAGUUUGACGCUGCUGUUACUGCCUCUGGAACACUGGAUACUAUUGCACAAGACAGAAUCGCAUGGAUCGAUGGUUCAGUGAUAGAUAUUACAGCAGAUAAAACAUUCCAAGAAGAGCUUGAUUUUGGAGGUGGGCUCACCGUGAAUGGAACUGUAGAUAGCAGAAUGAUCUCUUCCAACGAUAUUCUGAUGACCUCCGGAGAGCAAGAUGUUACUGGUGAACUGGAAUUUAUUGACACCACCCUAACUGCUACUGCAAUGACAGUUGACGGGACCGUUGAUGGUGUGGACGUCACAGACUUGAUAACCGACGCAGUGUAUUACAAUGUCCCUUCAACAAUCACAGGUUAUAAAACGUUUAGCAAUGCAGCGACACUCACCAAUCUUGAGGUUCCUCUGCCAGGCCUGAUAGAUGGAGUUGAUAUCGUUGACCUUGACUCUAAUGCGUUUCGUCUUGGUGGACAGCAAAGUAUCACAGUGCCUAUGGACUUUAGUGACAUCGACCUGGAUUCAGGUUUAACCUUGGCAAGUGGUUACACCCUAGCCGGUCUUGAUCCAGCACACGUUGUAUUGUUAAACUCAACCCUGCAAACAAUAACUGGCGCAAAGACUUUCAACGCAUCCCAGCAAUUUGGUGUGCUUAACAUGGUGGCUGGGAAGUCGAUCGAUGGCAUCGAUAUCCUUGACACUAACAAACCAGACCUUCUGCUGUCCGGUGAAGCUCAGUCAGUUUCUGGAAGCAAGACAUUCUCUAGUGACCUUCAUAUUGGCAGCUCGACAGCAGGAACUGUCAAUGAUAUAAAUCUUCAACAAAUGAGCAGCUCUGCUCUUAAAACAACCGGCAAUCAGAUAGUUACAGGAGUGAAGACCUUUAGUAAUGUGACAUUCAGUUCCCCAAUCACUGUUGGUGGCAAGGUUGAUGGUGUUAGCCUGUCAUUGUGGUCGAGUACCUCCAUUUCUCUAAGUUCGACCAGCAUCAGUGUUGCACUCACAUUUACUCAAGACAUGCUGACGUUGGCUGGAAACCUUCAAGUGACAGGAGACGUGAAUGGUGUUAGUGUGCCCCAAAGCUUCUUGAGAACUGAACCACUCUAUAAUACCCAAGUGUCCGGCCUGAAGGACUUCACUAAUGGUAUCUGGCUCAACAACAAUCUCAGGGUUACUGGAACUGUCGGUGACAUAGAUCUGUCACAAUUCGUCGCAGAUUCACUUCUAAAGGACACAGCAAUGGUUGUUAUGGGAAAAAAGACAUUCACAGAGAGUACCACAUUCGGCAACUUGACGGUCACUGGUGCGGUCAACGCCUUGACCGUGCCAGCACACGUGGUGCAGCUAUCCACAAACGAGUUCAUCGCAAGUGCAUUCGUCUUCAACGACAUGGUUGCAGAAGCAGGCUUGACCGUCAGCACAUUGACUCUCGGUGGUCUGCUAAACGGAGAGGACCCAAUGACCUUGAAAACUGACACGUUAUACCCGGUUCCGCCCAUCGCUGGUACCACGCAAAUUGUGACUGGAGCAAAGGUUAUUGCGCAAAAUGUGCUGUUCAGUGGUGCCGUCACAUGCAAUCUAGUUGACGGAGUAGACCUAGUUGUGCUGGAAGCAGAUGCAGUACUUAAGAAUCAGGAUUCGACGAUCACUGGUGAGAAAACCUUAAACGGAGAAACAACCAUCGUAUCCUGGACUUCCACGGGUCUUGUCGACGGUGAAUACAUCACGGAUUGGGAUAGUCUGGUUGUGCAGCAAGGCAGAGAGCAGACUGUAAGUGGAGCAACCACGUUUGAGAACCACGUCACCGCUCCCAACGUGGUCACAUCUGAUGGCACGAUAAAUGGUGUCGAUGUCCGAACCUUGAAUGUGGAGGCUGUGAGACGCAUGGGUACUUCCAUCAUCAUUGGUCCAGUUACAUUCCUUAACCUGACUGCCACGGAUGUCACACUAGUUGCAUCUAAAACUGUCGAUACCGUUGACCUGAGUGAGGAGAACGUUGAUACAACAAUUGCUGUUACCAUCACCGGACUAAAAACCUUCACUGCAAAUCAGACCGUGGGAAACCUCACAGUAACUGGAUAUGUGGAUGGAGUGAACAUUGCACAGCUCUACGAGGAUGCGGCUAGAACACAGGGCGCCACAUUAUUAGCACAUACACUCUUCACUGGUGGAGUAGACUUUCAGGAUGUCUUGAUAACAACGAGUUUGCUGGGAACAGUGGACAUAGUCAACGUGAACAGCCGUGUUGUGAGAAAGACAGAUGUUGAUCAGAUACUGAGUGGCUUUUAUUUCUUGUCCAAUGCCAACUACGCUGGGGACAUUACAGUGAAUGGCUUGAUCGAUGAUGUGAGAGUAGAGACGUUGAAUGCCACCUACGUGAGUGUGACUCAAUCACAGAACAUUGAAGGAGUCGUCACAUUCACUGAUGUCGUUGCUGGAUAUCUCAAUCUAGGCACUCUCGGUGUUGGAGGUCUUGUGGAUGGUGUGAACAUCACAGAUUUCGACAUGACUGUGAUGAGAAUUGUAGGUGAUCAAACCAUAACUGGCAGUCAUACGUAUACAGGUCCCACAGUUCUUGAAGCUGACCUGGUGGUAGGUGGCCUCGUGGAUGGGGUAGAUGUGGCCAACAAUACUGCGCAACAUGGAGCGGACAACGUCUUCACUGGCACGAAAACAUUUAGCCACACAGAUGGCUUCAAUGCGGCAGGAAAUGUGACAUUUGACGAUGGAAAAACUGUGCACGGUGUUGAUGUGUCACAGUGGGAAGAUGAUGGAGUAAAUAUGAACGUGGAUACGACCAUAGGAGGCGCCAAGACCUUCACUGCUGAUACUGUCACAUUCAGUAAUAAUAUACAAGCGGAUGACAUCGUAGAUGGUUAUAUGGUAGAUGCAGCCACCUUGUUAAUGCUGUCAGGCGAUCAAGAUAUCACAGGCUUGUAUACAUUCUCCACUCUGGUGACGGCUACAGAACUCCAGGUAGCGGGCACCGUUGAUGGCAUGAAUGUAACUUAUGUCGGAGAGAUGGCCCUGCUAAGCAACAAGAACGGCACUCUGCAGACAUUACUAGAAGAAGUGACGUUCAGCAGCGCACCACUAUUCAACAAUACACAGAUGAAUGAACUACUAAAUGGUGUAGACAUCACAAGUGAUGUCCAAAUGAUCCUAGAUGACUACAAAAUUUCCAUCAUCAGAGACAGUCUACACAACCAGUGCGAUGCCCUUACAGACAUGUCCGGAGCUCUGAAUGAAACUGCCAUGCUGCUCAAAAACGUAAAGGAAUUUUCUAGCUAUGAAGAAACCCUUAACGCUUUCACACCGUUCGUGAUGAGUGGAGACCAGUACAUCGCAAUGGCUGUCAAGAGCAAGACCUGUGUAGAAUCAAAGAUUCUGAAGUAUAACACCAUCAACAACACCUUUGACGUGUUUGGUAGUCUAUCAACUGUGGGAGCAGAACACAUGGAUCAUUUUGAGUUCGAGGGCAAUCACUAUCUCGCUGUCGCUUUCAGCGUGGAAUACCUGGACUCCCUCCCUUGCUAUGCCAAGCAGAGCACAUUUGGAGGCGAUGCUGCCAUAUCGUACGUGCAGGUGUAUAAAUACAAUGCCGACACAGAAACAUUUGACCUGUGGCAGAGCCUGGCUGCUACCAUACCUCUUGGUCUGAAGGCAUUCUCAUGGAAUGGGAAGCAGUGCUUGGCUGUUGCAAAUAACUUUCAUCCAAUCGAUAUGACUACCGUCAUUCCUUCUAAACUAUACUGCAUGACGGACGAUGCUGGAAAGUUCAACGAAACGUGGGAUCUUGAAACCUAUGGCGCAGUUAGGGUGGAUGCAACAUCUAUCGAUGGAGUACUACAUAUCGCAUUUGCAAACCAGUAUCACUCGAGCGUGGGCUACCAGACGCGAAGCAUUGUCUACUACUGGAACAACACAAACGACACUUUUGACAAACACUUGCUCCCGACCAUCAGAUGUGUGGACGCAGUGUUUGUGACGACAUCGACAUCUGACGUUCUGCUUGUGCUUGCCAACGCCCAGUCUGGCAUGCUCGGAGUCAGCGCCCAAACGGAUGUAUACCAGUAUGAUGGCUCGGCAAUGAUGCCUUGGGUACUGAGCCAGACGCUCGAAGUUCCCAGUGCUGUGGACUUGGAAGUGGCGGAUCUGAUGGACGGAGGGAGAUAUCUGUUUGCUGUGAACGGGGAGACCAUGCAGUCGAUCACUGUGUAUAAGCUAGGUGGCUCCGCAUUUUUCCUGGAUAGUAUGACACUGAGAGUCAACUACAAAUGUGUGGAGGUCUCUGUAUUCACGAUCCCUGACCUGGCAAGUUUCGUUGCCGUAGCAGUAGAUGGAGACUUCAACGAAAACCUGUUCAUCACUAUGAGCUCCGAUAUUCUAAAGGUUGAGACUGAAGGUAAGGCAAUUGAUUCAAGUUCGUGCCAGGGCUACGAUCCUCUGGAAGAACUGGACAACUGCUGUUAAUUCCUUACUGGCUCCAUAAGCGAUCGUCACUAACCACCUUGUAUGACUGAUAUUAUCAAGAGCAUAUAAGCUUCUUUAUACGCUCUUGAUAUUAUAUGACUAUACAUUUACUUGUUAUGCAGCAACCAUUAUGAGUUUGCCAGUAUUUAUGAAAAAUUGUUGUUUAUGUAUGAUUAUUGAUUAUUGAUUGUGAUUUUGUGACGCAUUUGUACUCCAGGCUUAAAUAAUUGGCUGUUCGCCACUGAAAAUCGAGGUCAUGUCAGUACUUCUUGGGGCUCUUCAUAUAGGCUGUAUAUUACCAUGAUACCAUACCAUAACCAUUGUACAAAGCUGGGCACUCCCCUUCCUUUCUUUUCCUUUAGGUAAGGCAAUUGAUUCAAGUUCGUGCCCAGCCUACGAGCCUCUGGAAGAACUGGACAACUGCUGCUAAUUCGUUACUCGCUCCAUAAGCGAUCGUCACUAACCACCUUAUAUGACUGAAAAAGGCCUGACCUUAUUUAUGAAAAAUGUGAUUGUUGUUUAUGUAUUUUUUGUUAAUAAAUGUUUUCCGUUAUAUUUGA